AUGCUAGUGAGAUGGAGGAGACUGCUGCAUGCGGCAUCGUACCGAGUCGGGGAAAGGCUCGGCAGCGGCUGGAUCGAAACCCAGGAAAGGCCUUCUUUCUUCGUCCCGACCACUCAGGUCGUCGAGACGAGUCUGUCGAACUGCCCCUCGGACAUCGUAGCGCUGAGUUUGUUCCUGUGGUGCGCCCGCCAGCCGCAGUACUCCCAUGGUCCCGGGUCCUUCGACCUCAUGGUUGGGGUGUUGGAUCGGCUGACGAAUAGAUUCGGUUCCGUCUCAGGGAUCUUGAAGGAGCUGGACAGUGUUGGGUGCCCGAGAAAGCCACAGAUCUUUCUGAUGUUGAUGAGGAUAUACUGGCGCGGGGGCAUGCACGGGCUGGUUCUGGAGACAUUUGACGAGAUGAGCGCCCAUAAUUAUGUCCCAAACGUGUUUGCCAGGAACAUCGCCCUGGAUACUUUGUUCAAGCUCGGUAGCGUCAGGAGGGCAUUCGAUUUUUUCGCAGACACUCCGUUUCCCAACUUUCUGACUUUCAGUAUAGCAAUAGGCAAUCUCUGCGAGCUUGACGACUGGUUGGGAGCUCGAGCUGUUUUGAGACUCAUGGUCAAACAGAGGUUUGACCCUGACGUUGGAACACUCUCAAGAGUCUUGAUUUGUUUAGAAAAGUCAACGAGGUUGAUGGAGGUGCUGCAACUGGUGGGCUUCAUGGUGGUCUCUGGCAAACAACUGUCGGUUCCCAUUUGGACGAUUUUGAUUGGCACAUUCUGCCAGCUCGGUAGAGCUGAGUAUGCCAGCGAGUUGCUGGGGAAGAUGGCCGAUUCUGGCUGUUCUCCUACUGUCAUCACCUAUACUACGGUAAUCAAAGGACUUUUAGAAUGCCAAUUGUCAGAUGAAGCCUUCCAUCUGUUGGAUCUCAUGCUGUCUAAUGGGUAUCAGCCGGAUUUGGUUCUUUGCAACGUCUUGGUUGACUUUUUUUGCAAGUCAAAGAGAUACGACGAUGCUAUUGGUGUUAUCCUCUGUUUACAAGAGUGGAAUCUUAAGCCAGAUUCCUACACUCUCUCUUCGAUGAUGAGAAUACUCUGUGCAUAUGGAAAAAUUGAGUUGAUUCCGAAGUUGAUUGCUACCUUUGGCAUUCCUGUUGAUUUGGUAGCAUGUAAUUUUCUGAUGCACAUCCUUUGCAAGACUGGUUUCCCAUACAAAGCUGUCGAGUUCUACGAUGACAUGGUUGACCGUGGGUUCAUUCCAGAUAACUUCAGUUUUGCAGGAUUAUUAAACGGCCUCUGCAGGUCAGGAAGGGUUGACGAUGCAGUUAAGGUUUAUACUGGUAUUCUUUUGAAUGGUAACUCUGUUGAUGCCCAUGUCCACACCGUGGUCUUUAAUGGUCUGAUUAAAGGAGGAAAGGCUCAUACAGCCAUUAGACUAUUUAGGAAAGCAGUUUCUGAGAAUUUUGCCCUUGACAUGGUGUCCUACACAGCUAUUGUCUAUGGGAUGUUCAGGGGUGGCAGGUCCGAAGAGGGGUGUAGUUUGCUUAGUGAGAUGAAGCAACUAGGCUGGGAGCCUGGUAUGCCUACGUAUAGUAUGAUGCUACGUGGACUCUUCAGAGCUAGGAAAUUCGGUGCGAUUAGGAGUUUGGUGAAAAGUAUGGCCGAUUCAGGGUCCGGGACGAUGCUGCAGAGCCUUCAAUACAAUGAUUAG